AUGGUUCUUUUUACGACUUGGCGUGUUGAUGUUCUCUGCUCAAUUCUUAGCUCUGUGGUUUUCGAUGAAACGCAUUCCUGCGCAAUAGGCUCGGCGUUCGUGACUUCAUUAGUGGUCUACCCUAGCGGUGCAAUUGCCAUGAAUGCGUUUUCUUGGAGUAGAUAUCGGAAUUGUGGUAACUCGUGUUUAGACCCUAGGGACCAAGACGAAGCUAAGAUGGAUUCGAAGACUACGGGGAUCUUCUCAGUACCAGCGGCUCCGACGCCGGCACACAACGACGACUCGGGAACGCGACCCCGAACAUUGACAACGUCCAUCUUCGCUUCAAUAGUAAACUUGCCGUUGAAGAAUGGGCGCAAAAGUCUUAUUUUGGAUUGGGUAACACAAAGUCGGAAGGCACAGUUGAAAGCGCAGCUUUGCAUGUGGAAUGCGCGCCCGUAUGAGCAAGAAAGUGUCAUCGGCCAGUUUUUAACUGCGAUGAUUGAAUCCGGAGCGUUCUUUAAUUGUUUGACCCCUUCUCCGAAGGAUGCCAUCGAUUAUCACGACAAAAUCAAACAAUAUCCUAACUGA